UUAACCAUACACACGUGCACUUUUUGUAUAAAAGAAAAAAAUAUUUUGAUAAAAUUAAUUUAAUUUUUUUGAUAUUAUUUAUAAAUAACAAUGGGCAAACAAAAGAAAACACAAAAGGUAAAAAAACAGAAAAAUGCUCAAUUGAAACGACUGCUGAAACCUACCGAUAGCCGCAUUAAAGAAGAAUUGCGUAAAAAGCGCAAAACUUCCAUUGAUCCCACCCAAAUCAAAGUCAACCAGGCUCCCCAGCAAAGUUCCGCGCUCUUCUUCCAAUAUAACACCCAACUGGGUCCACCCUAUCACAUUGUUUUGGAUACAAAUUUCAUUAAUUUCAGUAUAAAAAACAAAUUGGACAUCAUACAGGGCAUGAUGGAUUGCCUGUAUGCCAAAUGUAUACCCUACAUAUCGGAUUGUGUACGUGCGGAAUUGGAAAAACUGGGCAAUAAAUAUAAAUUAGCCCUAAGAAUUAUAUCUGAUCCACGCUUUGAACGUUUACCUUGUUUACAUAGUGGCACCUAUGCUGAUGAUUGCAUAGUGGACCGUGUUAAGCAGCACAAAUGCUAUAUAGUGGCAACAAAUGACAAGGAUUUGAAAAAUCGUAUACGUAAAAUACCCGGUGUACCGAUUAUGUAUGUAGCGGCCCACAAAUACGCCAUUGAACGUAUGCCGGAGGCGUAUGGUGUAAAAGCGUAGUCUUUAUUUAGGUUUUAAUUGGAUUUCUUUUUUUAAUAUUUAGAUUUUUUAAAAAUGUCUUUUUCCUCGUAGUGUAAGAACUUUUGUUAACACUUAAAUAAAAGAGAAAAAAUACAUGUAUUUUAAAUAACUGAAAAGUA